AAAAACGCAGCUCCACUUGAAUGCAAUCAGCGAAGCGGAUAGAAUAUCGUCAUAACGCAGACAAUAGUAGUGCUUACAUCGACAUCCGAGUAGACCUUUUUCCCCCGGAUACAUACAUUUGUAUGUAUGCAUGUAUGUAUGUUGACAACAACAACAAGUGGGAAGGACAGUAAAAAUAGCAAACAUAACAAGCAACACGCAUACAUACAUACAUCCACACAAUUAGCAUCAGCAACAGGAAAGUAAUUCCAAUUGAUCCAUAAUCGUCGUCACGGCAGACGGAAUAGACGCAAAAUGGAAGACUUAUUCUUGCUGAUAAUCAAAGAGUCCACAGGGACGAAACACAAUGCAUUGCGGCAAACUGCGCAAAUCGCCUACGAUAAGUUAUAUCGCCAGCAUGGCAUCCAUCGGGAUCCAGCCCAUGAACUCCGUUCGGUAUGUUUCACAGCACUGCAGAUGGCGUUAGACACAAAGCGGCCAAAGUUCAUCACAAUGGGCCUCAAUGGAUUGCAUCGUAUAAUUAAGGAUGAACGUUUUUACAUCGGUCUGGAACCAGAGGAUGACUCUGUAUGGUUGCCCGCACAGUUGCUCCGCGCCACAAGUGGAAUUUUGCCCACAACCAGCAGCGAGGAGACCGUUAUCAAUGUUCUACGCUUAUUUUUGGCUAUGGCUUGCUCACCUGCGUGCACACUAAAUGGUCGUCUUCUCAUCGAAACACUUUCACGUUGCGGCGAGUGUUGGGAGUUGGGCUCACGUGCCACCAAAGCCGCCUCACUGGCAGCAGCAUCACAAUGCUUGCGCACUUUUUGCGCUUUUCUCAUUGAGGAGGCCGAAGAGGUGAAAAAAACUGCACCACCCGGUCUUAUGACACAGACACAAGCAUCAGCGGUGUACAAUGAAGUGAUACCGGUAAUGCAAUGGCUAUGCAGUCGUUUGGUAGAGCCGGCGGCGAGUGGUUCGCCCAACAAAAAACCAGAGAAUAAUUGCUCUCUAUACUUAACUGAAUGCAUUUUGACACUGACGUCAGCGCUGCCACGAAAUGUUCAUGCAAAUCCACAUUUUACAUCAUUCCUAUGGCAGAAAUUUUGCCCAACUCUGGCCGCAGCAUUGGGUUCGCCAGGCCGUAUUAAUUUGGACAAAAAAUUUACUUACAAAGAUGCACUAAACUUGAUUGAAAACGAAGCACGUGGCUUUUUUACCGGUCCCGGCUUAGAUGGUCCCCAAGCCCGUUGCGUGUACUUAACUGGAAUUCAGCUGCUGCGGAUUGCGGGGGCUUAUGGUUCACUGCGACCCAUGUUGGAAGCACUCUUCCAUCGCAUGCUUCUGCUGCCAUCGCCACAAAAUCGCACCGAGCCACUGAAAUGUGUUCGUGAAAUAUUAAAAAGUCCGGAGCGUUUAAUAGACCUAGCGGUUAUUUUGUACGUUGAUAAAAAUACUGGCCAAGGAUGUAGUGAUGAAAUGGCAUUAUUUCGGCUUAUGAUUGAUGCAAUGGAAGAGUGUGCUUAUGGCGUCAGUGCUGGUUCCGGAGUAGAGGCAGGCUUACAGGCAAGCGUAGAAUGCAUGGUCGCACUACUGGACAGUUUACAAGUUCUCUGCAGUGGUGAACUCACUGAAUCGAUGAUAAGCGACCAGAUUGUGAACACCGUAAACAGUCGUCAUGAAACAUUAAAGGAUGCUGACUAUACAGGCCCAUUAACAUACCAAUCGAUGGCACGUCUGCCCGCGCCAUAUCGUGAUGCGAUUGUAGAGUUUCGUCAGAGUGUAUUUGAAACCUCCUCCGGCUCAGACAGUGACGGUGACCAUGCUGAACACGACGCAGCUUCGAAUGGUUCGGGUGAUACAGAGGGGCCCGAAGAGGAGGAACAAUCAACUUCGAGUGAUGAAACAUCACGCGUGGAAAACCGAUGGCCCUACACACAUCUCGAGGCUCCCGUCAUACCAGUACGAACCGAUAUUGACAAUGAUCGGCAACACGCGCGGGAUUUUUCAAAAGCAUUGAGAAAAGAUUUGGUGCCAAAACUUUUGCAUUUGCGCUCGUGUAUUGAAGUUGACGAGGCCAUGCAAGAAUUUGCAUCGGUCGUGUGUCAAGAAAACACAAUGAACUUCUCAGAUUUCGACUACCACCUGACGGCCAUCAAUGCCGAUGGCAUUUACUUAGCGAUUUAUUCGUCGUUGUUACUCAGUCUACAACUAACAAAGGCUGGCUACUAUGACGACCCACAGAAGGAGAUAUUGAUUCCGAUGUCGGAGCAACAAUUUGUUACAUCUGUCCAGAACACUGGUGUUUUGGUGUACCUUUCGUCUCCUUGGCUCUGUGAAUUAUACCAGUCCAUAUUGGUCUCGAAUGUUCUAGAAGCGAUGAGUAGGGAGGAAUUGGAAGGUACCAAUUCACGAAGUGCACUGGUGGAUAUGCUUUGUGAUGCUGGUGGGUUGGGACCCACGCAGAUGCUCUCCGAGUGGCAGCGUUUACAGAUGGCCAAUAUUAAGUAUACCGAUGAACAGGAUAAUAAACGACGUGAGGCUGCCAAGAAACUAUGUCGGCGCCUACUAACCUGCUGCUGGGACUCUAUGGUUAUAGUUUUGAGUUCGGGUCUAGGUGAUCUAUCGUGUAACAAUUCAAAUAAAUUGGUGGCCUUGUCGAAACGUACACUGCGUGUCAAAGCAAAGGCCAAAAACUCCAAUGGAGAGGCGUUAUAUGCAAUGUGUCUAGAUGGUUUACAUUCGGCGGCCACCUUAAGUAACAGCUUGAAUUUGCAACAUUUGGCUGGGAAAAUUCUGGGCCUGCUGGCAUCAAAUGUGUGCCAGACCAACGGACCGAGAAUAUCAGCUAGUCAAGCGAUGUCAAUGGAUGUGGUGUUGAACGGCGGCUUGAAUUUGGGUUCUUAUAGCUCGGAUUGUUGGCAAUCUGUAUUUGCGGUUUGCCGGCACGUCAGCCAGUUGGAACAUGACAUUUUCAGUUUGCAAAAUUCAGCGGUAGGCACAUCGCCGGGUACAGGACGUCGCGAUAUGGAGACUGGCGAAAAGCUAAAUAAUGCUUGCCAAAAUGAUAAGCUUAACUUGUCCUCACUACCCAUAGAUGAUGACGAAACCUGCGUGGAUGUCUACAGUUUUCUUCAAGCACCUCUACAAAGCCCUAAUACUAAUAUUACAUCCAUUCUGAAGGUUUAUUCUGGCACUAAUGAAACUGUAUUACUAAGUCAGGGUGAUACCUCAAAAGUCUUGUGCGCCCUAUCCCACCAGGCUGAAAAUCUUUUUUCUGAUGCCGCUGAGCGUUUGAGUCUACCAUCACUUUGUCAGUUUCUGAAGAACCUGUGUAAAGCUUCUCGUGAACAGCUCUAUAAAAAUAAUGUUACGCGCAAAGGCACCCGUAUUUGGUGGCCCAGCAAAGGUUGGAAAAAAAUGGACACGCUUCCGAUGUCGCUUUUAUUGCAUCGAAUCGGUGACGUUACUUUAAAGGUAUUCAAAAGUUCCAGACCUCUUUUGCAUAUACUAAAGGUGUGGGCUAUAACGGGGCCUCAUCUAAUGGACGCUUCUUGCCACCGAGAUCGUGUGAUAUCCAAAAGAGCCAUCGAAUAUAUACAUGACAUAAUAACGGCACUCUUAGUGGAGCAAUCUGAGCUGCCACAUUUUCACUUUAACGAGGCACUGCUAAAGCCAUUCGAAAAUCUUUUGAGCAUGGACACUUGUGAUGCAGACGUACAGGAUCAAAUUGUUGCCUGCUUGUAUGAAAUAGUUGAAGCGCAUCGAACGGAAAUCCGUUCAGGUUGGCGUCCACUUUUCGGAACAUUACGCAAUGCUCGCAGCCGUAUGCUU